UAGAGCAGAGAUAAAGCUAAAUAUUUGAUAAAGUAAAACAAAAAGUGCAUAAAAAGUGGGUGUUUUUACAUUUUGAUUCCGACAACUUGAUAUUUACAAAAGUGACAACAAAGSAACGCAAGCAAGUAAAAAAGCAAAAAUAAGCAGCGCAGUCCAAAYGUGUGUGCAACAAAAACCAAUCGUCGUAACUAAAAGCUUCCUUCAUAAAUGAUGGCUUCCAACUAAGAAAUAUUUCUACGGAAACAAAGAGGAUUCAGUGGAGUCACUGACGCCAACGCGUUGUUAAUUAGUCAAAUUAUAAGUAAAUAUACAAGCAACUGCCAAAAAAUUGUGGAGAACAGUAAAAAAGGAAUAACGCGAGGACGCUGCAGAAAACAAAGUUCACUUGAGAAGUAAUAAGUACGUGGAAUAUAAGCCGAAAAAGAAACUACGCACUCAGCAUAUGUUCCACAAUCACAAGCAGUCGAUCGAGGACAACAACACUACCUGGAAACACCUUUCAUGAAAUGACACAGCUGUUAUAAUUAGCAGUGACACAAACCAGAGCACACGUUCCAACAUUGUCGAUACGGCAGUGCACACAACAUAGUCUUAAAUAGCGCAGUGUUUUCAACGCGAGGUUCGUGUAUUGUACAUGCUGCUUGUGGAACAUCGCACUGUCAACACACGAUCGUAUAAGAGAUCACGGUAUAAGUUCCAAACAGCAAAAACGUAGUGAAGAGCGUAAAGUAGUAGCAAUAGAGCGUCAUUUAACAGAGGGGAACUGGACUAGCCAUAAUGGAUUCUACAGAUGGGCGCAUUGUACGCGCUCCAGCGCGCCGUAAACGCAACGAUGAGCAACUGGUCGAUCGGAUAAAGCUCAAAAAAGUGCUCGGCCUCACAGUUUGCAGCAAUGCCGCCUUGGAUGUUUCGCCCGUUAGCGGUCUCUUGGCCUAUCCAGCAGGCUGCACUGUGGUCCUGUUCAACGCGAAACGUCAAACACAGGCCUACCUGGUCAACACAUCCCGCAAACCAUUCACAUCGGUCGCAUUCUCACGCUGCGGCCGUUAUGUCGCCACCGGCGAGUGUGGCAUCAAUCCCGCCAUCAAAGUUUGGGAGCUAGACUCGCCGAAUGGCAACCUCGAGCACACCACCGGCGGCAAUGUGGUGGCGGAGUUCUUCGAUCACAAAUAUGCCGUCACAUGUGUGGCCUUCUCACCCACCGGCAAGUACCUGGUAUCGAUCGGUUCACAACAUGAUAUGAUUGUGAAUGUAUUCGACUGGCGGUCGAAUCAAAAGAUGGCCUCGAAUAAAAUCAGCUCCAAAGUGUCGGCGCUAAGCUUUGCCGAGGAUGGCAGCUACUUUGUCACAGUGGGCAAUCGUCAUGUCAAAUACUGGUAUAUGGAGGGUGGACGCAGGUACAAGGAUCCCAUACCGUUGAUGGGUCGCAGUGCCAUAUUGGGUGAUUUGCGUGACAAUGACUUUUGUGCGGUCGCCUGCGGCAAAGAUGAGACUAAGGAUCGCACAUAUGCCAUUACCCGACAGGGUCAUUUGGUUGAAUUCAGUUCACGCCGCUUGUUGGACAAGUGGGUGCAGUGUCGUACAACGAGCGCCAAUUGCCUGACGGUGAAUGCGCGCUUCAUACUCGUCGGUUGUGCCGAAGCCAUUAUACGCAUUUUUAAUGCCGCCACAUUGGAAUAUGUGACGACAUUGCCGCGUACACAUUAUCUGGGUGUGGAUGUGGCGCAGGGUAUACAUAUCAAUCACAUCAUGACCGUGCCGCCCCAUGCCAAAUAUCCGGACUGUGUGGCGAUGGUUUAUGAUGAGCAGCGAUCGAAGGUCAGUUGCGUGUACAAUGAUCAUUCGCUCUAUAUUUGGGAUAUGCGGGAUAUAAAACGUGUGGGCAAAUCGCACUCUUUUCUCUAUCAUUCCACCUGUAUUUGGGGCGUGGAAACUGUGCCAUACAAUAUGGAGCGCGAAUUGUCGGAUACACUGCCCGAAGAGUCGUUUGUCACGUGCUCUUCGGACGAUACGAUUCGCGUGUGGGGUCUUGAUGGCUGCACAAACACGGAAAAUUAUCGUAAAAAUAUCUACUCCAAGGAACUUUUGAAAAUAAUGUACAUCGACGAAGAAAUGAAUUUUAUCAAAGAUCAAGAUCUUUCGGGCGAUAAAAACUCCAAUACCGCCUAUGACGGUCGUAACGGUGUGCGCUGCAUACGAAUUAGUCCGGAGUUGCAGCAUUUGGCCAGCGGCGAUCGUUGCGGCAACAUAAGAAUCUAUAAUUUGGCGAACACAAAGCUCAUCAUGUCAAUUGAGGCACACGAAUCGGAAGUGUUGUGUCUUGAGUACUCGAAUGAGAAGAUCGAACGGAAGUUGUUAGCGAGCGCGAGUCGUGAUCGUCUAAUACACGUAUUCGAUGUGUCACAAGAUUACUUGCUGCUGCAGACAUUGGACGAUCACUCAUCCUCCAUAACUUCGAUCAGAUUUGUGGGGUCCGGUCUGAAUUUCCAAAUGAUUUCUUGUGGUGCCGACAAGUCGAUUAUGUUCAGAACAUUCCAGGGCAACAUUUUUCUGCGCGGCACAAAUACCUCCGGCAAAACAACUUUGUAUGACAUGGAAGUGGACUCAAAUGCCAAACACAUACUCACCGCCUGCCAAGAUCGCAAUAUACGCGUCUAUGGCACACAAAACGCCAAACACACAAAAACCUUCAAGGGUUCACACUCGGAUGAGGGUAGUUUGAUUAAGCUCAGCCUCGAUCCCAGCGGCAUUUAUGUGGCUACCUCGUGCACAGAUAAAACGCUUGCAGUCUACGAUUACUAUUCCAAUGAGUGUAUGGCACGCAUGUAUGGUCACAGUGAGUUAGUUACUGGGCUCAAAUUUACCAACGACUGUCGCCAUCUCAUUUCGGCCAGCGGUGAUGGCUGUAUUUUUGUGUGGCAAGUGCCACACGAUAUGAUUGUCACAAUGCAAGCGCGUCUCUCACAACAGCGACUACGUUCUGGUCAUGCGCCGCUACCACCCCGUCCCGGUUCAAUUAUCGCCACGCCGGAGGGCAUCAUAGUCGAGUCGCCAACACAUGAAUUGGAGGAGACGGCAACACCAAACAAAUUCAUCGCAUCGCCGUCAAUGUUCACCGAGGAGCCGGCACUGACGCCGGGCUAUAAAUUUUCGGACGUUGGUCAAUUACCGCAAUGGGCGAAACGAAAGGCUGCGGCAAAUGCUGAUGAGAGCGUUGGCGUCUCCAUACCUGGCUCAACCGUCUCCGCCAUGCAGUCUGCCUCGUCAACGUCCAAUUUGAGUUCAUCACCCAGCCAAUUAGGUGUGGGUGGUGUGCCGCGUGCACGUGGCCGUUGGGCACAACGUGGCCCAUUUGAUCCAGACGAUCUGCGUUCGAAUUCCGAAAGUCCUUUGGGCACUAUAACCUCGAGCGUUGGUGGUAUGGGCGGCGUGGGUGGUGGUGUUGGUGUCGUUGUGAGUGGCGGUGGUAUGGGGAAUACACAAACAUCCGAUUACAAUAGCGCAUCGUCCAAGGACAUUAUGUAUAACCAGACUUACCUCAGUGAAGAUUCGUCAAUUGACUCCGGCAUGGAAACGCGUCGCGAAUUGAAAUUCAUUGGUAGCAACAACAGCGGUACAGUGCCAACGGUGACCGGUAGCAAUGGUGGCACAGCGCUCAAUCGCUUGGCGCCUGAGAAACGCAAGCCCGGUUUGCGCUUCGAUCCACAAUCCAAUGAACAUGAUGGCGAUGUCGAGGAUAUUUCGGAUGGCGAACGCACUAGUUCGGAUCACGGCAUGUUCUACAACAACAUAUCGCCCAGCACGCCAACUGACUUCAAAGUGACCGCCAUGAAUGAAGAUGAAUUGCGCAAGUCGAUGCGUAGACAGAAAUUCGAUAAAGCUGGGCUGACGCUGCCCGGCAAUGGCAGCACACAUACCGCCAGCACUGGCACCGGCACCGGCACCUCGGACACCGAAGACGAAGGCUCAACACCGAGCGCUGAGAAUGCCGAACGCUCGCUGGCGUCCACCUUAGGCGGCAGCUCGGAGAGUAUACCACAAGCGGCAAGCAGUUUCCUGCAGGCCGCCUUGCCCGAGGGCCCUGGCAGCAUGCUAGAGCGUGGCAGCACAAAUCGACGCAGUAUUAGUGCCAAACAUAACACAGAGAACGGUAAGCCGGUUUCCAGCGCGUCCACUAUCACCAAGUCGUUCACCAGCACAAAGAAAGACGAGCUGCUGAAGGUGAUCAGCGAAGUGAAACAGCAAUUGGAGAACGGCGCACGUAAAAAUGGAGUUAAGAGGUUGAAUGCAAUACCGGAGGUCGGCUAUCGCUCGCUGCGUGGCAGUCACAGCAUUUCGGAUUUAAGUCUAGCGGGCAAUAUGGAUAAUGCGUCGCGAUCGGCGGCCGCCGCUAACCGUUAUGCAAAGACAGGCAAUCCAAAAAGUCUCCUUCCAAUGCCAGUCGAAGACUCCUCUAUGCGGCGCUCUUGUUCGCUAAGUGACUUGCAUAUGGGAAACCUUGGCAAAUCUGGCAAGUCAAACGGCAGUCAAUUGAAAAAUCCCGGUGUGGUUUAUCGCAACAGUACAACAACAAGAUCGGCGAAUAAGCGCAAUAGUUUGCAGCUGAAGAGCUCUGCUGUCGGUUUGGGUGCAUCCAGUUCAUCAAUUGGUGUGCUAAAUCAAGCGAGCGAUUCGGAAAACGAAGACAGCAAUCGUGGCCGAAGCAGUGGCAACAAUCAAAAUCGCAGCAAUGGUCCCACGGCCGCCAAUCGUCAGUAUGCCAACAAGAAUUCGAAUGCCAACAACAAUCGACGAAAAGGCUUACAGCCAAAUUUCAGUAAUGCCACGCCACUGCAAGAUGACUCCAGCUCCGAGGAGACACCCGCCGGCACGUCCAACUCCAAACCAAUAGUGCCACCACGCCCGCGCAAUUUGACCUUCGAUCACAAGAGCAAAGUGCUCAACAGUCCGAAUGUGAUGAAGCAGCGUGGCGCAUUUGAGGCGCCUGAAUUUGGCGCACUAGAUGCCAGUGAUCCGAAAUCACAAGUGCACAAUGUGAUCAACAAUUUGUAUACAACAACACAAACAGUCAUGCAACUGCAUGCGAAUCUGAAGAAUUGUGAGGACUCACUGAUGCUAAAGGAACUGGAGAACGCUGUGAUUAUGACACAAAACAUGUUGACAAACAUUACACAAAAUAAAAACGACAAAAACAAUUCACAACAUAGUCACGCCUACACAACCACUGAACAGGCGAAUCUAGACAACGGCGACUACCUAAUGAUGGUGAACAAUUGCGCCGAUCUCUUAAGCAAUUUCCGUAUGAAGCACAAACUCGAUGACUGUGAGAAUAACUCCUAGUGUAGUAAUAGUGGCACUAGCAGCACUGGCGGAGCAUCUAGCACAUAAAUCAAGAAGAAAUCAGCAAAAAUGGCGAGAAAAAUGUAUCAGCAGAAUAAAAUUGAUAAAAAAAUGAAUAAAUAAAGGCAGCCAAACUAAAAAGUGAAACUAAACGCGAGGAGCGUGAAAUGAAAGCGAGCAAACGAAAGCGAUAAGCAAGUGUCUGAAUGUGUCAACUCCAUUUUGGAACUUUACUAAUAAUAAUAAUAAGCAUACUAAUAAUAAUAAUAAUAAUACUAAACGUAAACGUAAUGAGUUAUGUAAGCUAAAUAAAUUUUUAGUAUUAUGUUCUUAGAAUUUAUAAGCGAAAAAGUGAAACAUUGCAGUGCGUUGUAUGUGUAGUUCUAGGCAUUAAUUAAUUUCACUUCAACUAAAGCGCUGUAAUUGUAAUGAGACACCAACAACUAAUAUUUAAUAAACAACAAACUAAAAAUAUUGAAAUAAAAACAAAAAUAAUACAAAAUCGGCCUAAAAUAUAAGUGAAAAGCAUACUUUAAGGCGCACAUGCGCGCUGUGCAAAAACUAAAAGCGUUAGCAAAAAAAGUUAGCAAAAGGUGAUUUGCUUAAUACACACAUACAUACAUAUUUACUGGCUUGCAAGCAGAAAAGCAAAAGUUGUGUUUAAACUUUUUUCACUUUUUAUUUUAUAAUUUUUUGUAAAACUAAAAAAACGACUAACUGUCAUAUUCUGCCUUAUUUAAUUGCACACACACACACAGAGACACGCAUACGCGUACAUAAAAGUGCGCUUGUUGUUCGAUAGAAAUGUAACUGUACGCAAUGGCUUAGUGAGUUUGUAAUUUGUUUGUUAAGUUUGCCGCUGUUUGUAUAUGUAUUUGUAAGUUGUAAGUUUUGUUAAGCGUUUAACCUCAAGUUUAAUGCUACUUAGUUAAAUUUAUACUUUAACACACGCAUACAUGUUUCGAGUAUAUGGUAUGCGCACACAAAUAACGGUAUAUGUUUAGAAUUUAUAGUUGUGCGCGCGUAAAGGCGUGCGCUUAGCGUCGUGUGACGAAUCACUGAUGACACACAUACACACACAUACAACUACACAAUUAAGCCUGUUUACGGUUAAAUUCCGAUUUGUGUUAAUUGCCUUCACACUUGUAUGCCUAAGUUAAGUUAAAGUAUGGAAUUGAAAUUUGUUGCACAAGCUGUGGGAAGACGUAGUCAGUUGUAUAUGUGAUUGAUAUGAAAGAAAAUGGGCGCAAAAUACAAUAUGAGAGAAGUUCAGCACAAAAAAAAAAAAAAUACUAAAAGCGAU